UUCAUGUUUGUUGGUUAGCUCUCAGCAGCUGCUCUUCAGGAACAAUGCCGACUCGCAUUCAAUGCCACGAGUCAAGUUCUUGAUUGCCGACGAGUCCGCAUCUCCUUUACACAAUCCACGAACCCCUCUUCCACAUGUAACGCUCGCCAACUAUUUCACAUUCCUACAUCAUUUUCCCCUCCUUUCUGCUCUUCUUUUUUCCUCUGUUCAUCGUGCUCUAACUUUCUUCUUCACUGCUUCCAUGGAGGCAAAAGUUUUCAGAACCCCCCCUCCUCUUCACCCGGUCCAUUUCCCGCCAAGUAUUUCUCGACCCAGAUGCGCUUUCCCCGUCCAAACUCGGAUGCCGGCAAGGUGUUCGACGUAUUGCUCAGGUAUGGCGAGAUUCGGUCUUGGGCCUGUUCGAGCCUCUCCAGAUUUGGUGAGAUCACAAGCUAUGAAGAAACGAGUUGACAUGAGUGAGAACGUGACCCUCGAGGGUAUAAGAUUUUCUUUAAUCCAUCAGGAAGAUAGUAUAAUAUUCAGUCUUUUGGAGAGAGCACAGUAUUGUUAUAAUGCAAAUACUUAUGACCGAGAUGCUUUUGCUAUGGAUGGGUUUCAUGGUUCUUUGGUAGAGUAUAUGGUCAAAGAAACUGAAAAGCUUCAUGCUCAGGUGGGCAGAUACAAAAGUCCUGAUGAACAUCCUUUCUUCCCAGAUGACCUGCCUGACCCGCUAUUGCCACCACUGCAAUAUCCUCGGGUACUACAUCCAGUCGCUGAUUCGAUUAAUAUUAACUCGAAAGUAUGGGAUAUGUACUUUAGAGAUCUAAUUCCGAGAUUAGUGAAGGAAGGAGAUGAUGGGAAUUGUGGAUCAAGUGCUGUUUGUGACACAAUUUGUUUGCAGACUUUAUCAAAGAGAAUCCAUUACGGAAAAUUUGUAGCAGAAGCGAAGUUUCGAGCCUCACCAGAUGCGUACGAAGCGCCAAUUAGAGCACAAGAUAAGCAAAAGCUGAUGGAUAUGCUGACAUAUCCAACGGUGGAGGAGGUCGUGAAAAGACGAGUGGAGAUGAAAGCGACGGUCUACGGACAAGAAGUGACGACCGAUGCAGACAAAGCCGAAUCCCGGGCAAGUUACAAGAUCAAACCAAGCUUGGUUGCAGAUUUAUAUGGGGACUGGAUCAUGCCAUUGACGAAAGAAGUUCAAGUUCAAUAUUUGUUAAGAAGAUUGGACUGAUCAGAACUGAUCUCUUAGGCAAAGCUGAAGCAGUUUUGGUCUAAUGGAAUUGAUGACUUGUUUGUAGAAGAUAUGUAUGUUAGCAGCAGAUUUGUUGAGUUAUUUGAAUUUCAAUGUCAGAUACAAAAAAUGGGUGAAUUUAAAAUGCCCUUCUCUACCUUUUUUGUUUUUCCCAUUCUUUUGAGGGAAAUUUUAUUUUAUUUUUAUUUAA